GAAGAAAUGCUUGGACAACCAACAAUCGAAUAGUCAAUUUUCUCAUUGAUGUAUCGACUGAUCUACUUUAUAUUUUCGUGCCUUUUGAAUUGUACACACUGCGAUUUAUCUUAUUCGGGUGGGCUAUGAUGUUCAUUAGCAUUGCUUGCUAAUUUGUUAGCAGGGAAUGAAAUGUUCAUUGACCAUUUUACCGAGAUGUGUUCCCACUUUCUUCGAUGCGGUGUGUGCGGUUGAGUGCUUUACCUUUACUUGCCCAGGUGAACCGAAAUACCCGGACAUUUUGGCUCAAUGUAAAAAAAAUGAUCUAAUUUAUUGAUAAUAAUUCAUGAUGAUCACUUGUUGAGCGCGCGCUCGCGCUUGAGCUUAUUAAAUUUCUGGGCCGUUUGUAGGUAGUGGGAUUUUUGUUGCUGUUGUUGUUUGAAUCAUUGAGUUUUGUGUGCUGUUUUUCAUUUCGAUUUAAUUAUUUAGCCCUAAAAUGAGCGCGGCACAACAACACGGUGCUCCAUUUAGACGGAGUGCCGAAAAACUAAAGCAAAUGAACAAAACAAAAAUGAGAGAUAAAGCAAAACAAAGCAACAAACCAGUGCCAAGCGAAAAUCUGUGUAUGUUUGUGUUUGUUUAUUUGUUGGUUGCUUGCUUGUACUCAAUUUAUUAAAUUAGCAAAAUAUAGUUUCGACGAUUGAAUGCGAAUGAAACGCACCAUGUAAAACAAACAAUCACAACAAAGUGGCAAAAAGGCAGCGGCAAAUUCGGAAACUCAAAGUUUUCACUUCAUUCGUAUCCAAUUUGUUAAUUCGAUUUGUGAUUGUGUUUGAUGCAUUUUUUUGUUUCAUUGACUGCUCAAUUGUUUCGCUGCUUGUUUUUUUUCUCGCAAGCUUAAUAAAAUAGCUUGGUUACGUAUGACGAGAAUCGGAAUUCCAAGCUUACAUUAGUAUUGAUGUUACAAUGUAAAAAAAAACAUCAUAUUUAGUGGUUCACUUCAAUACUCUACUUUGUAGUCGGCGUGAAAAAUGUUAACGCUUUGCGAACCAAUGAAAUCGAACAGUGUAUAUAAAAAGCGAAAGACAUUCACGAACAACAACAACAGAAAAAACUGUAACAACAUCGAUCACACUUUGUUAAUUAUGAUGUAUAACAAUUUGGAUUUUUGUAACAAUAUCGAAAAUUUCAUUUUAAAAUUGCUGUUGCUCGUUGCACAUUUGGGUGUUGUUUCGGAGCACGGGCGACAGCAGCACGAACCAGCCACAACCGAUGGAAUGUGAAAUAAACAAAGGGAAAAUUGAUGUAUUGUUGAACAUAUUUCACGUUUGAUGCUCACUAUUGUUACUACUAGAACCAUCAUUUCAUGUGGCCGGUCUCUUCAUUCUUCUUGGUGAUUUUUAUUUCACUCGAAUGCUUUUUUGUUUGUUCGCUUCGAGCGUUUCUGUGUGAAUGGAAGCCAGAGAGAGAGAGAGAAAACAAGAACAAGCGCUAAAUAGGUAAAUUGGAGCUGUCAGGUGUAGCUAUGAUUUUAGUCGUCGAAUACGAGUAAUGAUAAUAGUAAUAAUAUGAACGAAAAUGAUCGCAGCAAUACGAUAUAACAAUGCGCAAGUGAUCCGUAGCUGUGCCGAGUGUAAAUAAUGGUGUAUAGGCCGAUUUCAGGCAAUCAUACAACGCUUGCGGUGCGAAGAGCUCUUGAAUAGCUGUGAACUGUCUCGCUGUCGACGUUGAACUGUCUCUACACAAUAAUGUUUCUUAAAUCGUUUCUUAGGAAAGGAGGAAAAAAAUUGUUUCAAACAAAAAACAUCACACAUAAUCAGCAUUUUUCGUAUACGUUCUUUUCUUGGCUGCUUAUUACUUGUGAUAAGUUGUGGCAGCAUCGAGAAGAGUGAAAAAUAAACACACACAAACACACAGAGAGAGAGACAGGCAUUUCGUUUCGGUGGUAUUGCUCAGACAUGAAAACGUCGAUUGUCUAUUGUAAUGCAAUAAUCGAUAUUUCAGUGUAUUUUUUCCCCCGUGUACUGACACCACAUCUCUCUCUUUAUUAUUAUGAUUACACCUUGAGUUGGUUCUGUUGCACCUCAACGGUAUGUACUGAAAAAUAUUCUCAUGUUGAAUUGAGAGUAUAUCUGUUGCAUGUGCAUCGUACACAUCAUAAGUAUUCACAAUGCGGACAGCACCGUGGAAAAAAAACUGACGCUCUGAAAUCGUCUUUCGACGAGCACAAUGGAUAUACAUAUAUGCAACCUCCACGGCGAUAGAUAAAGAGAGAGAGAGAAUCACUCAAUCUGUGAUUUAUGUGUAAAAUCUGCAAAUAAUUGAAGCAAUGCUGAAGAGUUUGGACUGUAUUAGCUAGUAUUUACGGUAGAACCAACGAUUUUCGAGUUAGCACCAAAAGUUUGGUUCAAACAAAGUCAACACGACUCAAAUUGAAAGAACACACAUGUAAAUUUUUGGCAAAUGAAAACAUAUCCAAUUGAAUGCCUGUAAAUCAUUCGCUUUUAUUGAAAUCUCCGUAAAAGGUAUACUACCUAGUAGCUCCAAGCACACAUCUUCCGUAUGUGCGAGACUUUCAAACUUCAAGUUUGAUCAGACCGUUCGCAGCUGAAUUGACUGUAACGAUGUUACUAAUUGUUUGCAUUCUUUUCGGUUUCAAUGAACUCUGAAGUCGAUGCUCUUCGCGUUGAAAGUACACGCAAGCUAAGACCUUUAAAUGCAUCCAAGCAACGAAUCACAGCCUAGGUGGAUGAAGAACAGAAAAAACACACGGACGGAAAAAAGAAUGAAAGUCUUCGAAGUAUUCGAUCUCGAAAAUAAGUAGAUAGAGACGGUCAAUAAAUCACAAUCUACGCAAUUGCAUGCUCGUCGGAUCCCACACUCUCUUAUGAGCUAGCAACAACAUGAACACCUUAAUGACUGGUGCUAGCUUCAUCUUCCUUGCUUUGCUAUUUAUUCUGUUUGCAUCGGAUGCAAAGAACAUGCUCGGUAUGAUGUGGCCACUUCGUAAGAAUUUCACACAGACCAACACCAAUCUCUCUCACUGUCCCUGUGUAUGCAUACGUUUGAACAGUUUGCGUGCGUAAACACAAUCAUUUGUUUUGGACGAAGCAAACGGAUGAAUCUAUUUUUGAGAUUUUUCAUUCGAAAAAGAAAAGAAAAAACGAAGCAUUUUGGCAUUCGAUUAGAGGUUCAUUUCCAAUUCUCAAUCGAACGAAUGAGCUAGAGUCGUUAAACAACGACACAAAACCGAAAUCACCUCGUCAGAAAAAAAAUCUCAAUUGAAUCAGAUCUAACAGUAAACUGAUUGGCUUGACAAUAGCGUGCGAUAAAAAUAAGCGCAGAAUCAGGAGCAGAAUCGAUCAAGAAUGCCCAAAAACUAAAAAAAAUAAAUCGUUCGGUGACGGAUAAUACAGAAGACGGUGAAACUAAAAAAAAAUUCAUUCAACAAGGUCGUUCGUCAGUAUAUAUACUCUCUAUACCUAUAGAAAGUUGAUAAAAUUUAUUAUUGUUUUUUUCUCUCCUCUGUCUCUAUUUCGUUGUUUUGCAUCCAAGAUGCGAUUGUCUACGUUUUUAUUGGUUAGUGAUGGUGUGUAUCUGGGUUUUGUGAUGUGUUCGUGAUCGUUUGCUUGCGCUCAUCGCAAUCUUUCAGCCAUUUUUUGAGUGAGAACACAAACAAACCCGAAAAAUUCAAAGAAUCGCUGAGCGAAUCAGAAUGAGAAUGAGCUAGUCAACAACGGCAACGAGGCCAAAUAUUUUAUAAUAAAAAAACCACACGUAAAGAGUAACGCAUUUUUUUUCGGUGAUAAUUAGAGCAGAAGCGCACAACAAACGAAUGUAAGGUUUUUCUUUCUGUUUUUCUUUCUUCAACAUUAUUAUUGUUAUUGUUAUUCAUUGGAAUUUGCGCAUUCACCGCUUUUUAAUCUCAUCAUAUGUGUGUGUGUGUGUGUGUGUGUGUGUGUUUCUUAUUUGAGCGUCAUUCAAUGAAUUGUUACAAACAAAUUCCAGUAGCAAAUCAAAACAACAGCAACGAUACUGGUAAUCGAUUAUGAAAUUAUGAUUUUUGUUCAAUGAAAAACUGAAAGAACCCGCAGAAUUGGCCGACCAUUUGAUUACGUGGACACGCACCGACUUUGACAUACAUUGAUCAUGACCGUUUGGUCACCUCAAAAAGUCACGCUUCAUCUUCGCCGUCUCACACACAACGUCGAAUCAAUUCAUUUAAAUCAAUUUAGGAAAACGUUCUGAACGUUCAUCGAGCGCAAACGAAGAACGAGAUGCAACAACAACAACAGCAAAAAAAACGGGCGAUCAUUCAAAAGUGUGUUAAAUACGGUGUCUAACGCUCACACUCAACACAAAAUGUGCUCUUAUGAUGCUUGUUUGCCGUUGCUCAUCAUCAUUUCUUCCUCUGGUUUUGUUAUUAUGCAUGUUUGUGCAACAGAAAACAUCACCGCAAAAAUAAGCGUGCGAUAGCAAAUUGCAAGAUAUUCUCUCACAUUGAGUAACACCGCAACAUAUAGUUCGUUCGGCAAUGCCGAGUCCAAACCAAAAAAACAUACUCACUAAGUCACUCACUCAAUCGAACAUACAUACACACACUAACACACACACACGCGUAAAGUAAAGAGCAGACGCAGAGCACACGACUCAGUUCGGUCGGUUGCAGCAGUGAGAAAGACACGACAAAGCGUAGAGAGAAAGGAAAAGAGUUUGUACGUUGUACAAGCAACAGGUAGAUACUGGUGUCGUUGCGAAUGAAACAACAGUUUAGUGAAUAAACUGUGCUCAUACGAACAAGACGCGUUUUGUGUGACACUCUCUACGAUGAAAACUGAUCAUCGUAACCGUAGUUGUUUCGUCGAACUAACAAUUUAACUGAACAAUCAACGAAUCAAGUGGUUUUUUUUCUACUUCCGAUUCAGAAUUGAAUGACCGAAACCAAGCAAGCAACAAAAAAAAAACAAGAGCAAAGAAACAUUAAUUCAAGAAAAUUUGAAAAGUGUAUUGUAGUGAGUACGUUGCGUUUUUUCGGUAUUUUGACGUGAAUGAGGUUUUUUUUUCCUCGCAGUGGCAACGGUCAAAGUGUUAUUCAGUGACAAAAAAAAACUCGCUUGGAUGUCCAUUUUUGACGCGUGUCUCGUGAAAACGUUGCCAAAAAAAAGCAAUGAACAAAUGUGUGGAAUAACAGAACAUUUAGCCGCACAAUUGUUGUAAUUGAAUGCAGAAAAGUGCGUGUGUCGUGAUGUCGUGAAGAGAUUGGACAAAACACGGAAAAAAAAACUUUGUUUUGCGGCCGUUAUCGAUCCCAUUCAUUAUACAUUUGACUAAGAGCAACGAAUUGAAUGUUAAUUGAUUCUCUUCUGAAUGCCGUUUUUUUUCUCACUCGCUGCGAUUUCCAAUCAUUACACCAGCGAGAGAUUCUGAUGUGACCAAUGGACUGUGUUGAAUAAACAAUAAACAUUUUCACGUGUAAUUGAAGCGCUAAUGGAAAGAAGUGGCUAACAAAUGAAUGAUUGUGACAAAGACUGAACAAUCGACCAGCGAACAAAGAACAAUUUAUUCAUAGAACGCACUCGAUUGAACUCUUGCACCUUUUCCCCGUACCAUUCUGAUGCGUGUAUGUGUGUGUUUGUAUACAGUGUCAUUUACAUCAUCACUCAAUUCGUUUCGGACAGUGCAAAAUCCGUUUUGCAACUGACAAAGUGGACACAUGGUGCAAAAUAAAGAAAAAGAACAGACAGACUCCAAAUUCAGAUGGUGCAAAAGAAAACAUUAAGCCAAGUGCAACGAAUUGACGAAAAGAAGAAGCAUUUCGUUUGUUUUUCUUUCAUUCUUUGUAUUUAUUUGGCCCGAGAGUGUGAUACAUUUUGAAAAAGAAAACAAUUUCGUGAAGAAAACGAGUUUGAGUUUACUGACAUUUUUGCUCGAUUGGAUUGCAUUUUUUUUAGUGAAAAAUAUUUUUGUCGAAACAGAAACAAACGCAUAAAGCUGUGUGUUGCUUAAUUCAUAUGAUCGAAUGUGGAAUAUAAUUAAAAUUUCGAGGACAAAUUAACGAAUUUGUGUAAAAGAACGUGUUAAAAGAAAAGAAGAAGAAGAAGAAGAAGAAGAAGAAGAAAGAUAUCGUUCAACAAUAUCUUAUCGUGUUGAUCUUUGCCAGAUCGAAUAUUCAUAGGCAGUUUGUCAAUUUCUAAUCAAUUUAGGUAGUGCCAACCGAGUCAUUUCAUCAUCGCAGCAUUUUAAGUGAAUUUACAUGAAAAUCAAUCAAUUUCGGCGGCAUUUUUUUGUUUGAAGCUCCAAAUACAAUUAAGUGAUUUUUUGUUUCAUCAUUUCAUCUUCUCGACCGAAUUUGUUUUCAUUUUGAUGUGUUACGCCCCGCUUAAUGAACGGAUCGCAUUGUAUAUAAGAGACGACACGAUCUAUGAUUUAUUUGCCUCAAGUUAAUAAUCAACGAUUCAAUUCCAAAUACAAAUUGCACUGUUAAUAGCUGAUCAUCAAUUUAUCAUCGAACAAUUGAACAGCGUCCGAUACUCUCAUCGUAAUCAUCAUUAACCGCAACCGAAGAAAGAAAAAACUUAUAACCAAGGGCAUUGAGGAAAAUUUAAUUCAACCGAAAAUUGAAGAAAAAAAAACUUGACGUUGGAUUACCUUUUGUUCAUUUCAUUGAUUUGGGAGGCUAGGCAUCUUCGAUCAUUUACGACUGACAAACAUUCGAUUGCACCGACACACAAAUUCUGACGCGCAUCCGAAAUAAUUGAUUCCAUACGAAUUAAUACACAAAUUUCACCGCUGUUGCUGUCGUUGAGCUGUGAAAGCGCGCGCAUUCGAUCAAUUUGCUUCUCGCACAUUUCAUACACACACGAUCAUUUGGAUGCCUCCAAUUUGUAUACGCAUUUUUUUUCUUCUGUAUACAUAAUUAUCGGAAUGUUCCGUUUCGUACAACAAUAGCUACAACUAAAUGAACACAUAUACAAAGGAAAAAAAACUGGAUUAAGUUUUAAAUUUGAGAAAGACUGAAAUUGUGUUAAUAAGAAAAAAUUGCUGAACAGCAGAAAAAGGAAAGUAAUACGAAACUGAAACUACCGAAUCACUCGAACAUCGACUCCGGAAACAGAUUUUCAACAAAUAUCUCGAGCUCGAGUUGAGAAAAAGCAGAUCACAAAUAAUUAUUAUACACCAAUAAGUGAAACUAGAAAAAUGAAACGCUGUGGCGCUACAACCUAUCGACCAGCGCAAUCAAUGCCUCAAUUUCACAAGAGCUAAAUAAAACUAGCCACAACACAGUACAAUCUAAUCCAGAACAAUCGGUAGCUACUACGAGCGUUGAAAAUAAUUGAGAAGAAAAGAGGUAUAAUUCAUCUUUCUCGUUGUCAAUUGACGGGCUUAGUAGUGAUUCCGUGGAAAAGAAAACCAAUCUGAUUCGAUCACAAGUCAAUUUUGUUACUUUCUCGGUCACGUGAAUCAAGAACUAUUUGUAUGCUUCAAUUUUUGAUCGAAGCACUGAGAUUUCCACAAACAUUUAAUUGAAUCUCCACCGAUACAUAUCGCUCGAGCACAAGUCAUAAUUUAAUUAUUAUUGCUGCGUAAUUUUCUAGAUAUCUAGAAAAUUCAUCAUCGACAUAGGAAAAAUAAAACCAGCAACAGCAAGAAGAAGCGAAACCGGUUGAAAAGUAUGUGCUUCAAGAAAUUAUCUGAUGAUCAACCGGAAUUGAUGUGCAUUUCUCUAAUGAACAAUAACAACGAAACAAACAGAAGAAGCAUUUUAUCAAAGUCGUUCAUUUCGAUCGUGCCCAAUAGAUUCCAGAAGGGAAAGUGAAAACCAAAAAGAACAAUAAACAUAAAAAAUAAACUGUUGAAACUACAUGAUCUAAGCCGAAAAAUAUGCAUUUGUUUUGUUUGCAAAAAUGGAAUGAUUUAAACGAAAAGACGUCAGCAAUGAAAUGAAAGUUUUUGAAAACAUUUAAAAAUUAGGUGUAUUAUUAGAAAAACGAAAGAAAAAACAACAAAAGCAGACACCACGAAAAGGCAGCAGAAAAAAUAUACAGAAAUGAUGCAAACACCGUCAGCCCAUUCAUAUCAACUGAAUAUGAAACUCGGUAAGCAAAUGCCAACCACAAACCUAAUGACAUCCACACUGAUGUCGAAUUCAUCGCGAAAAACAUCGUGUUCGGAUAAUGCAUCCGACAUCGUCGAUGCUGAUUAUGUGGACAAAAAUAUUCCAAAAAUGGAACUGCUGAAAAUUAGCUAUGUGUCACGUAGCCGUAACAGUUUGACGGCAAACAAUGAUGACAGCGAUGUGGUACAGUUGAGAGCGAAAAAGCGCAUACAUCCAAGGCAGCCGCUAUAUCAACGGUCUCACAGUGAUGGUUUGCUAAAAGUCAGUGAAUUAGCCAAACUGUCCGGUUGCAACAAUGAUAACAGCAAAGAGCACAACAGUUCGAGCAGCAAGACAAAAACCACAACGACAACGACAACGACAACUGCAAAUUCCAAAGGGUCACCGACCAAAUCCCAGCCAUUGCCAAUGCCAAGCCAUCAUCAAAAUCCACUCAAGUACACAGUAUACAAAAAGCAUAAUUCGUGUGACACAACCGCCGCACUAAAAUCGGAAAAGUUGCAGUACACUAAUGACGAUGCCAUAUUCAAAGCCAAGAAAAAGUAUUCAAUGUUCGACGGCCGAAAGCGCAACUCCAUCGAUAACAUUCAAUUUUAUUUCGAUAGCAAAAGCUACGAACGACACGUUGACAACAAAAUUUACGGUGUACUAAUGCCGAAUGCAAACACCUCGGAUAAGGCACCAGCCAAGGCAUCGGUCAAGCGUUUAGCACCGGCCGUACCGCCACCGAACUACGAGAAUAAAUCGAACAGCUGGAAUUUUGUAAAAGCAACCAAGUCAUUGUUGCAUGGCGCAAACAGCGGUAGCCGCAAUGCAAGCGGCCAAAAAUACACGAAGAAUGUGCCAUCGGCAAAGAAAAUGUCGCGUGAUUCAUCUUUAGUCGAUUUGACACGAAUCGGUCAAUUGUUCCGGGAAACAAGGCGAGCAUCGGCCGAUGAUCUUCUCGACGGCGGACGAAUUCCGAUUUGCAGCGAAAUCAAAUCAAGAACAACCAGUGAGAACAACGAGAGCGACAAUAAAACUGCGUCCACAUCAAAGAAAAUCAAAAAACUCAGCACUGAUUUUGAGAAUAAGUGUUUGUGUGACUACAAACCGAAACAAUUGCGAGAAGUUAACGAGCGCAAGAAAUCCGCACCAUCGCAUUUGUUUUCGGAUGCCGGCGGAAAAUUUUCCGAUUUGAAUCGCUUAAAUGAGAAUUGCAUGCGAAGUCGAAGGAAGCUGGAGUUUCCCGUAAUGGAACCGGACAGUGGCAGCAAAUCAGAUCGAUCGCCACCGACGCUACCACCAAAAAAGACCAAUCGAAUGGUGAAAUGCAACAGCGCUGAAUACGAUGACGCAACCGCGCAAAAAGUUGACAAAGGAUUUUAUUUGUUGGAUAAAACACGAUCAAAAUCCGUUUCAAUUGAACAUGGUGUGCCACUUUUUGGGCAAUUCAAUUCCAAAUGCAAUGGAUCGCCAAGCACAUGUGGCUAUAAAAACUGUACGUUCAUCAAUUGCCCAAUGUCGUCGAUAACGGCGGCACUGUCAAACGUGAAUCGGGAGCAAAACAGUGAAAAAAUCUGCUCAAAAGCAUCGAUCAACAGCAGCGAUAAGGAACAGAUUCACGAAAAGAGCAGCAAAUUGAAAAAUGGCCAUAACAUUAGCAUCACAAAAAUCGAUACAAUCAGCAAUAAAUCCAAACUGUAUCUCAAGACAAAAGAUUUCAACGAUGACGAUGACGAAUUUCUCAAGGACUUUGAACUGAAUGGCGAUGGUGUAACGUUGAAUAAUUUGAAAAAUUUGAAAAACACUACCAAUUUGAAUGUCAACAGCACAAAUGCAUGUCCAAAUAACGGUGGCACAACGAUUCCCAUCAAAUUCAUGCCAAAUCAACAGAAUCUGAAUAAUUCGAUGAAAUGCAAGAGUGUGGAAAAGCUGGAUUUUAAUUCGACCAGUACGAUCGAAAAUAAGAAAUUCAACAAUGCUCUGUCGACAACGGAAAAAGUGUCAUUCAGCAAGAACGAAGACGAUAAUCGUGUGAAAAUUUUCAUUCGGGCAACGGCUUCGAACUCACCCAUUUAUGAGACAUCAUCGUCAGCUGAUUCCGUGUCCGAUUACUAUGAUUCGGUGCCAAAUGAAUGUGAUACGGAGAAAAAGCCAACCGCUGAUUCUGUAUCUGACGCAGACGAAAAGUGCAAUAUUGUCGAUUUCGGCAUCACCCCAACCACAAACCUUCUAACGCCCACAUCACUGCAACACUCACAGGCCGAUCUAACAAUGGGAUCGAGUAAAAGCUUGAAGAAUUUGUUCCCGAGUCGUCUCGGUUGUGACGGUGCCAUAUUUUGGAAUGAUUGCUUCUACUACGAUGAGCAUGCGUGUUGCAAUUGCAAAUCGGAUUCAGAUAAAGUGUCUAAUUUGAAUGAGAUGCGAUCGAGCAGUGGCUCGUGCACGUGUUCGCGGAAUCGUAGCAGCACAAACAGCAGCGGCGGCGAUGCUGAAGAUGAUGACGAUCUUGAGGUCGAUGGAUCAAGUUCGCGUCCACAGUCAAUGGAGGGGCCAAUGGAUUCCGGUAUCUCGCUAAAUGGAGACACAAUAUCUAGUCCAGAUAGUGAUAAUUCAUCACAACAUCACAUUCAAAAUCAGAGUGACAUUGAAUCGCGAAAAUCAAGACGAGGCCAUGUUCUAGCUGAAUUGCUUGAAACUGAACGAAUAUACGUCGCCGAAAUGGGAUCCAUUCUAAGGGGUUAUCGUGAUCAAAUCCACUCCGAAGAAAUGGCAUCACUAGUUCCGCCUGGAUUGCACGGCAAAGAAGAUAUUCUGUUUGGAAACUUGAACGAAUUGUACACAUUUCACAGCGAAGUGUUUCUGAAAGACUUGGAAAAUUGUAUUUCGACCACGGAACUAGUUGCAUUAUGCUUUGUUCAACGGCGUGAUACGUUCUAUCGACUUUACUCGUUCUAUUGCCAAAAUAUACCGCGAUCGGAGCGGUUACGCGAAACUCUCGUCGAUACACAUCUAUUUCUACAAGAAUGCCAAAAACGUCUCGGUCACAAGCUGCCAUUGGCUGCUUAUCUUCUGAAACCGGUACAACGCAUAACCAAAUAUCAACUGUUGCUCAAAGAUUUACUGAGAUUUAGUGAUAAUGGCACAUGUGCUAAGGAGUUGCAAAAGGCCCUCGAUUGCAUGCUAAUCGUGCUGAAAUGUGUUAAUGAUUCGAUGCAUCAAAUUGCAAUAACUGGUUUUCCAGCCGAUUUAACACAACAGGGCGAACUGUUGUUGCAGGAUUCAUUUCAGGUGUGGACUGAAUCGAAGAAAGACAUUCGUUUGCGCUUGAAAACACAGCAACGCCAUAUCUUCCUCUAUCAAAAGGCGAUGCUCUUCUGCAAACAAGCAUCGAAAACUGGCCAUACCAAAAGUACUUAUCAAUUCAAGCAUUACGUGAAAAUGUCACAAAUCGGCCUCACCGAAUCGGUGCGCGGUGAUGCACGUCGCUUUGAAGUUUGGCUGCAAGGUCGACAGGAAGUGCACACGAUCCAAGCGACAACAGUUGAAAUUAAGAAUAAAUGGGUGGCUGAAAUUAAGAAAGUGCUACUCAAUCAACUGGAAGAGCUGAAAGACGAAAAAAUCAAGCAGUAUAGCUUGAGCCACAGUGCCAAUCCAUUUCGACCGUUACGACAGACUGUCUCAUGGGAUACGCCAAAUGCAAUGCAAACCACUCCACAGCGUGCAAUGAGUAUUGACACCAACAGCACAAAUAGUAACGAAACGAACCGUUGCUCGAACAUCAGCGACGAAAGUGGACCAAUUACAACACCAGCUGCACCCAUUAGCUCAUCAUCAUCCGAACACGAUAAUCAUGAAGCUGGCCACGAUUGGAGCUCGGACUAUUCAAACAGUGAAGAUGAAUAUCCAAAUGCCGAAGACACAGCACUGGGUAAUCGUUUUAUAUCAUUAGCUGACUACUGUGCAAUGGGGCAUUCUGAAGUCUCAAUGAAGGAGGGUGACGUUGUUGAAUUUUUGAAACGAGGCAUCGGCGGAUGGGUCUACGUCAAAAUAUUGAGCAAUAAUGGUGGUGAAGGUUGGGCACCGGCCGCAUUCUUAGAACCAAUUCAUCGACGAACACAUCGCAGUGGUAGCAAACAUACUGCCACCGAAUAAAUCGAAAACCAUACAUACAUAGAAAAACAGAAAUACUGGCAUUUACUACAAACAAUCUAAUUAAUAAUCACACUUUCCAAACUUUCCAAAAGCAAAGCAACAGCAAACAACUGAAAAUUAAAAAAAAACAUCAAACACUUUCCAUUUUUCCAAGCAUCUUUUUCCAAUUUUACUAAAGAAAGCGACCAAUUCAAGUAAAACUAAUCAUAUUGAAAAAAAUUCAGCUAAACAUGAAAUAUAAUUAACAAAACAAAAAUGACUAUGGAAUACCGACGAUGAGAGGAAAUUUUCCAUUUAAAAAUAUAUCACAUACAAUAUUUAAAAAAAAAAACAAAUAUCGUGUACAAUAUAUAGUUAAAUUUGGAACCUGUUGAUCCCUUCUUAUGUGGCUUUAGUAUAGAAUAAUAUUGUGUUGUUUCUUUUUUCUAAAAAAAAGGCAAGCAAUUUGUAAAAUGUAUUAUUUAGUUUUUUUUUAAUAAUUCGCAAAUAUGCCGAAAAAAAAUAUUUUUCAUCAAGUCAUCAAGUAUCUACUGGCAUACAUUAUAUGUUAAUUGUAAGAAUUGAGAACAUUAAAUGAUUUAAUAUUAAAGAAAUCGUUCAUAUUAUUUAGCAAACAGAUAAAUACAAACACAGCCUGCAAAUUUUAUCGAUAUAAUUUAGGUCGUGCAUAUAUUUCGUAGGAUUCAAUUAGCCGUUGAGCUUGUUAAAUUAUUUAUUAUAAAAAUUGAAUGAAAAUUAAGAAAAACAUCUGCUUAACAUUUAUUAAGUUGCUUACAAAGCGAAACAUUUGAAAAUAUUGAGUUGCAUAUAUACAAAUAUAUAUUAAAUCAAUCCGAAAUGAAAAUCAUAAUGAAAAGGUUGAUGCAAAAUGUUAUACAAAAAUAGCUUAUUGAUUUAAGGUACAGAUUUAAAAAAUAAGUUAAAAUGAAUCAACAAACAAUUGACUAUUCUAUUUAAGAUUAAUAAACACAAUUUAAAUGAAAAAAAAA